UUAGAAACAUGGCAGGCCCAGUGAAUCCAGGAAUUGAUCUCGACUUAGAAUGGGUGCAAAAUGUCAAGGUUAAUUUGCCUGCAGUAAAGAAACGAGCUGAUGAAAUUAAGACAAAACGAACUGUAAAGAAACAAUGGCAGGCUGCAUGGUUAUUAAAAGCAGUAACUUGUAUUGAUUUGACAACCUUGUCUGGUGAUGACACAUUUACUAAUGUGCAGCGUCUUUGUUAUAAAGCCAAGCAUCCAAUCAGAGCUGAUCUACUGAAAGCAAUGGACAUGCAAGAUAAAAUAUAAAAAAUGUUGAUUUCUCUGAUGUUAAAUAUUCAUAUUUCACCAUGUGUUCUAAUUGUUAUUAUAUCUGUAGUUGCCACUGGUUUUCCAGCUGGUCAGACUCCGCUGCAACAAAGGUUAGCUGAAAUUAAACAAGCAGUUUCUGAUGGUGCAGGUGAAAUCGACAUUGUGAUCAACAGGACCUAUGCACUAGCAGGAAAUUGGAAAGGUGUCUAUGAUGAGAUAAAAGCAUUCAAGUCAGUUUGUGGUGAUGUACACAUGAAAUCAAUCCUAGCAACAGGAGAACUAGGAACACUUACAAAUGUCUACAAAGCUAGUCUGGUUGCUAUGAUGGCUGAAAUAGAUAGAUGCACUGGCAACGCCAGAAGCUCACCGCCGGUAUUAUCUCCUCAGUUUACGAGGCGGAUUUGUAAUCAGUGUACCCAGCAAUUGGAAUGGAACCUGCAUACAAGGGUUGGAUUCAAACCAGCUGGUGGCAUCCGUACAGCUAAAGAUGCUUGCUCCUGGCUAGCGUUGAUGAAAGAAGAACUGGGCAAUGAUUGGUUGACACCAACAAUGUUCCGAUUUGGUGCCAGUGGGCUACUAGGAGAUAUAGAGAGGCAACUAUUUCAUUUUGUGACUGGACAUUAUGCUGCAUCGCAUGAAUUGGCUAUGGCUUGAUAUGACUGUGAUAAAUGUCUAUUGUAGAUGCAUUAAACAAAUGGAUGGAUGUUAUAACUUAGAUAGAAUUAUCAAUAGAAAUCCUGUUUAUAAAACAUAAGGCCAGACUUGUAUUAUCCCUUGUUUCGCAAACCUGCUGAAUGAACAGGAGCAAAAAAUGAAAUAAAAAUAAAAUUUUAUUGCUAAAAAAA